AUGAUGUGUGGUCAAUUCUUGUUUUUGGAAUUUCUGAUAUUUUUUGUCAUAUUCUUAGUAGGUUUUGCAAGCAAUAUUUUGUUCAUUUUGCUGAGUUGUAAGACAGGGAAUAAUUCCAAAUCCCACAGCAAGAACUGCAAUGACUAUCUGCUUCACUGCUCCAUUGCAAACUUGAUCCUUCUGGUCAGAAUGCCCUUUGAUAUCAUCAGCUUCACAACAAAUGGAUCUUGGUUUUUUGGGGAGUAUUCCUGCAGGUAAGUCAAAGAGUUUUAAUCAGUUUGGAGACGCAACACUUAACUUUCCGCACACUCGAUCUGAUAACUUCAAUCUACUUUCAAAGUAACUUGACCAAAAGUGUUCUUGUUCAGUUAUGCUGAAUUCCUCUCAAUGCCUCCCAUUUAAAUUCAACUUUAGAAAGUUUCGCUUUUAUUUCACUUUUCUCUUCUAAGAUAUGUAUCCGUAAAUGUGACUGAGACAAUUCACCAACCUCGGCUAUUCAGUCACUGACCAGGAUUUAUAAUAAGCUUCCUUCGCGUGUGCAUUUUUCUCUUUUUACUUUUUCCUUACUUUUACAAAUAUUUUUUUGUACAAAAAUAAACAGCAGUUUUUGUUCCUCGAGUUUUAUGAACCAAAUUUUGUGAACACUGAGGCAUCUUCAAGGUGGAAGCAAUAUUUCUUCCUGAUUGGCAAAUGACGAAAGAAGCGAUCCAAUUUUCGUGCGAGCUCGAAAAUUUGCAUUUUUAUUAAAGGCCAAAUUAUAGUAAGCGUAAAUGAUUCUCUGCGUGUAGAAUGGAUAUGAAAGAAAAUGCUGGAAAACAUUAAGACUGAAUAGCAAUUUGUCUCGCUUUUGGAGGAUACAAAAUGAACACAGCUUGUCUAAAUAUUUAUUAUCGUUUCCGCUUCUGUGACUCGACUGUUGUGUUUUACUCGUAAAAGGGGUUUACGAUUUAGCUGGAAAAUCGGUCAAAAAAAAAAUGAAGUGAAUUAACGUCGUAGCGAGAAAUCUCUUCAGAAAAUUACCACGUAGCUUCCUCAAAAAACACAUUCGAAGACAGGAACCGAGUGAGACCUCGUAAAAAACGGAAAUAUACACUUUGGUGCCUCAACGGAUUGAAUAAUUAUGUGAACAACUAAGCUUCCCUUCAUUGGGAAGGGUGGGGGGGGGGGUGUAUUCAGCAACGAGGCUUGUCUGCAGAGAUUCCUAAUUAUUUGAGGUAGCGAGGGAGCCGAAGAUUCCCUUUUCUGUAAGACAUUUGGUUGAAAAAUCGUAUGCUUCUGCUCAGAACAGCCGCGGCAUGUUUCACUUACACCUUCUCAUGUUCUGGUAGAAAUAUUGCGAUUCAAACCGUCUUUAAUCGGAGGAAAACCAAACGUCGACUUCCGGUGAAUUACUAAAUAACUAAAACUUAAUUUCUUUGCAUUUCAUUUGCAGCUUGCACUUUUUUGUCGAACGUGCGAUUUACAUUGCCAUAGCAACCCACAUCAUGAAUAUGGCGCGCGAUGCUUAUACCCCAUUUGGGUUUCCUACGCAACCCUCUUUCUGCACAACCAACUGGGUUAUGUCGUUGGUGUUUGCGUUCCCCUUGCUGUUCACCUCCCUAGUAAGGAUACCUGGGAGGUGCACACGCUGCACACUGAUAAACAACAGCUUGGGUCGAAUGCCAGUGUUUCAGUGGACUGAAUACCUGUACGUGGCCAUCUUGCCUCUGGUGACGGUUUGCUUUUACUGCAAUAAGUUUGGUGUGCAUCCAGACUAUGAAGCCCUUGACAAAGCUGGUAAGAAUAAAUGUAGCUUAUCACUUUGACUCGAGAAAGAUCUUCACGCGAUCUUACUCAAUGUUUACACAAAUUAAGCUCCGGGGAUUGAGGUGCGCACCAGCUUAGUUGUUACCGCGGUGAGGUCUUGGUCGAAAGAAGGAAGUUUCAGGUACAGGCCAGACCCAUGCAUUUCUUCAGCCAGAAGUAAAAAUGGGUGUAACCGGCUGGAUAUACCAGGGACAUCUCAGUAAAUCAAUUUAAUGGAUAGAGUAGUGAAAGCAAUGACUACAACAAAAACUUUUAAGCCCAGCUCCACUUAUUCUGGCAUUUUUUUUUUCAAUAACAGUUUUUAAAACAGCAUUCUAACCAAAGAUAAUUUUACACUCCUACCCCCAGACCCAGAUGACCACAAUGGCCAAACCAAGAUGAAAUUGCGCAGGAUUUGCCUUACACUUGCUACGACCAUUUUUAUCUGUACCAGUCCAGCGCGGCUUACCGAGAUCGCGGGUGGAAACUUUGAAUUGUGGCCUGGAAGCCGGAUCAUUUUCUUCUUUAUUCCUCGGUUGCUGAUUUAUGGGCAGACCAUAAUAUUCAGUGUAGUGCGUGCCUUUUCCUUUCCAAGCUUCUACCAAGAGGCUAAGAUUGCAACAAAGAGAAUAUGCAGCUGCCGU